AAGCAAAAUUUAAUGAAUUGGAUAUUCCUGAAAAUUCUUUUUGGGAAAAUCAUGCUUAUCAUCACGCUGUUGAUUUGAAUGAAAAGACAUGUUGGAAUUCAUUCAAAAUUCCAAAGAUUGGUGAUUAUUUUGGAUUACAAUUCGUAGAACCUAUAUUUUCCGAAAAAAUUACAAUUGUAUCAUCAAAAGAUAUCAGUAAUUUUGACACGUCGUUCAACAUCCAAGUUUCCCUAGGUGGAAAUGAAUGGCUAAAAUGUACCGGAACUAAUUCUGAUAGUAUUGGUUAUGCUUUUAAUAGGAUUACAUUGAAAUUUAAAUGUCCCGAUAUUACUAAGACUACACAGCUUUUCAAUUAUAUUAAAAUUGAGGCUUCAAGGAAUUUUACCGAGUCUCUUGAAAUAUGUUCUUUAAUGUUGGAUGGAUUAA